AUGAACACCGCAGUUCGACGUGAACUAGCGGUCAGAGGAGAACAAGCUACGAGCCACUGCAUUACAAAUCUUGUGAACUCAAUUCCAUCGCUAAAGAAAUCAGGAAUAACAUGGAAGAAUUCAAUUGAAGUGAACUGUCUAGACAAUCUCAUCGAUGUGCAACAGUGGAAGCAUUAUGGAACACUUCAACUUCCAUUCGGGAACGCCUACGUGUCGUUGUUUCAAAUGGGAGCGCCAACGGGCGAAAGUAACACCGAAAAGCGCCCGCAGGACGCAGAGGUGUCCGAUUUUCCCAAUGAUGACAAUGCGGAUUUCGAUGUUAACGUCCCAAGUGCAGCCAACGGCGGCGGUACGAAUCCAAGCGAAGGAGCUAGUUUAUCAAAGAUGUCCAGUUAUGGUUUCUGGAACUGCUCCGCGUUAAUUAAAAAAUGCUGCUUUACUAAUUCUGGAGUUCUACUCUCGCGCCCUGAUUGCGUCGCAAACAUCAGAAAUGUGAUGAAGAAUAAAAACAACAUCGAUUUCUAUGAAAUUUUACGCUUAAAAUCCCACGAGAGCAGCAAAAACGAAUUGAUUUCGAGUUUACUCGAUAUCAUGGCUGUUAAAGCAUUCCAGGAAGAGGAGCAGAGGAAGCCAAUUGUAAAGUCGAAAUCAAAUGAGGUUGCCGUUGUUUUCGAUUUGAGUUCAGCCAACGCUUUGCAAUUGUCGAUACAAUUGCCAAGCAGAAAGCAGUUCAAGUUGGCCGAAUUGGUGUCAAUGGCAGACUGUGCAAGCUGGAUCGCUGAGAGAGACAAAUAUUAUGUAGUAUACUGCCUGCCGAGUUCGCUGAAAAACACGAAAUUUGCGCCGAUCGAUGAAGAGGUCAUCGAAAAUAUCGCUGUCAUCGCAAACAAAGACAAAGCUGAAAAGUUGCUGAAGAAGUUGACGAAGCACAGAAAGGCACAUAUCGACGACCACCAGAAUACCGAAUCGCCGUCAAAUGUGUCAACAUUCGACGACAGCAUCUCGACAGUCAACGAGAGAGAGAAUUUCGGAUCACAUAAUUCGCUUCGUUUGUAA